UAUCUCUGCCUCAGCCAUCAGGAGCAACAGCCAGGCUUUCACCUUCUGCAGCCUGCCAACCCCAUGGCCCUUACUCCGAAAGAGGGAAAUCACCUCUUGAACCAUGCCCUCCGGGCCCAUGCCUACGCUACACCUCCAAAGCCGCCCCCACUGGGAACUGAAAGACCCCACCCAGGUGGGCCCCAAGGAUGCCCAGGACCGCAGACGGCCAGGUGUGCGCUUGGACUGCACGCGCCUGCGCGAGAACCCCCUCCAGAAGGCUCCCAGCUUCAGCCCUCCUCGGCCUUGCUUUCGCCCCGCCUCCACCCGGCUACGUCACAAAGAGUGACGUAUAAAGCGAACAAUCACAGUCCCUCUCCUCGUGAGCCGGUAGGGAACGGGGAGGGGGGGGUGGGGGGGGAGGGCAGAGGACGGACGGAGAAGGCUUUGAGAGGCGGGCUCGUCCCAGUCACCCAAUCAGAAAGCUCUGGGGAGGAGCAGGGCGGGGCCCAAGAAGCGGGUGGGGGGGUGGGGCUAGGGACAGGAGUUAGAAGGCCGCGGGGAGGAGAGGGCGGGCUCCCGGAGAUUAAAAGCGGCCAAUCGGAGCGCGCCGGCUGCCUUAGGAGAGCGGCGUGGGGCGUCGCCGCCGCCGCCGCCGCCGCGCGCGCCGGGGCCUGGUUGAGGCCAUGAAACAAAAGAAUCCCUGAGAGGGGAGCCGCGGCCGAACCUCCGUCAGCCCGCCCCGCUGCCGUCCCCACCCACCCACCUAGUUACCUGCCUCUGCCUCCUUCCCUUGCCCCU